UCGUGUACAAAGUGCAGUUUCGUCGUUACAGUUGUACGAAUAAGUAGCAGUAGGAAUAACAUUAGCGAUUUUACCGUCCUUCAGUAUAAACUAUUACCAACGAUUGUAAUUCAAACAAUGUUUCUGUGGGACUGGUUUGCUGGAAUAUUAAAUUAUUUAGGUUUAUAUAAAAAGUCGGGUAAGCUUGUGUUCCUGGGACUUGAUAAUGCUGGAAAGACAACAUUACUACACAUGCUCAAAGAUGACAGAAUGGCUCAGCACGUUCCCACAUUGCACCCAACUUCAGAAGAGUUGUCAAUGGGAGGCAUGAGGUUCACAACCUUUGACCUUGGAGGUCAUCAGCAAGCUCGACGGGUAUGGAAAGACUAUUUCCCAGCAGUAGAUGGCAUUGUAUUUCUCGUCGAUGUUUGUGACAAAGAAAGAUUUGCAGAAGCAAAAGCGGAAUUAGAUAGUUUAUUAACAGAUGAACAGGUAGCUCAUGCCCCUGUCCUGGUUCUGGGAAACAAGAUUGACAAAGCAGGGGCAGCCAGUGAGGAUGAAAUCAGACACUGGUUUGGUCUUCAUGGUCAGACAACAGGCAAGGGGACAGUUGCAAGAAAAGAGCUUCCUGGCCGUCCAAUGGAGCUGUUCAUGUGUUCAGUACUGAAGCGACAGGGGUACGGUGAAGGAUUCAGGUGGUUGGCGCAGUAUAUCAAUUAAGACAGACACACUUUAGGAUACAUGUUUUUAGUUAUAUUGUUUUGGAUGGUUAAGUAUGAGUAGAAACCAACCCGGAUGAUAAAAGGACCUGAAUUGUUUUCUACCACUUGUAUGGCAUUACAUGUGUAUGGAAUACGUAGAGGUUUGGUGUGGAGUGUGUAUGAAUGUUGUACUAAUGUGAAGGGUGACAAAUUUUCAUUUCUUCUCUAUGGCUAUUUCUAAAAUGUUUCUUUCCUAUGGCAGUUGCAUUUUUUUUCAGAUAACAAAGAUUUGGAGUGUCUUUUUUUGUUUGAAAAACAGUUUCCAUGUCAUAUAUGACCAGACAUAUUCUGAUUAUUAUGGGUAGUCAUGAAAUGUACUUAACUGCCUUUUACUAUAUUUGAUUAAAAUAAGUAUGUAGAUGAAGAGCAAGAUUUUAGAAUGCAGAACUUUACAUCAAACAAAUGUUUAAAAGAGGCUGUUGGAAAAAAUGGUGAAUGUAUAUGGUGGUUCAACAUUUCCUGUAGAACUUGAUAUUAGGUUGUGGUUUAAUAUCAGGAGUGUUUAACAGUUUAUCUCUAGUGCCAUUUUGCCUUGUGAUGAAAAUACCAGAUGGAUGCUUUAUCAGGAAAGAACUUUUGUACAUAAAAGUUAUCAUAACAUAUUAGAUUAUCUUCAAGAAUAAUUUUUAUUAAGUUGUUAAUGUCUAAAGGGCUAGCAAUUUUUAUUUGCCUUGAAAGUUGUUUUGCUCAGAAGGUGAUCGUGUUGCUUCUAAACAUUUUCAGCUGAAUUUUCUCAUCAAUAUCAAUGAACUUUUGUUAUAACAAUAUUAUGUAUAUCUAAUAAGAUCAGUGUUUUGAUAGCAUAACCAGCUUUUAAGUAUAUCAUUUCUAUGGUUUACUGUAAUAUUGAAUGAAGGAAUGCAUGUCUGUCGUCAUCAGAAUCCUCUGUAUUGAUUGAUGCAGAGUCUUUGAAAAAAUAAACUUCUAAAAGACUUGAAAAUAUAUUGAUAUGAGAAGAGAUUUGCAGACUUGUUGAGCUUUCUUUCUCCAAUGUUACAGAUGCAGAAUUGAUGUUGUGAUACAUACUCUAAGAAUAAGAUUAAAGGGAUUCCUCUCAGAUACAGGUUACUAAGAAUAAAAUGAGGAACUCCCCUUGAAAUCUCCUGUCAGGAUAGCCAUCUGUUUUUAUCUACAGUAGAUACUAGGUUCGUAUACCCUAGUUAUCUCCCUUUUAAACAUGUUCAUCAUUCUAGACUAGUACACAAGUUUUGUGAUAAAUUUGGUCAUACUUGUUUUCAUAGUUUUACUUAUAACAUACUGUAACUUCAUUUCUAAAUCUGGUAUUUAUAAUCUUGAAGUUAUCUUCUUUUAAAAUAAUCCAACCAGCAAUACAUUUUAGCUCACCAGACUCAAAGGGCUAUAUUAUAUUGUGGUGCAGCACCUAUUGCCUGCCAAUCUUCUAUUGGGCAUCAUCUUUUCCGUUCAGAAAGACAACUUGACCCAUAUUCAUAGUCACAGGGGUCAUAUUUGUUAAAACCUUCGGACAAGUUCUGCGUAAUAAGCUAAAGACAUAGAAUUAUGAAAUAUGGCUGGUAGGUUUUGUGGAUAUAGCCCUACAAAUUUUGUGGAAUUACCUUGAUCAGUAUUCCAGGUACUAGAGGUCAAAUUUCUGAAAAUCUUCACACCACAUCUGAUUAACAAAGAGACUAGAAUUAGUAUAUUUGGAUGGUAGAUUCCUUUGAUGAAUGUCAUUAAUGUGACAUAAAGAUAUAUUUGUGAAAAAAACCCCAUUGAAAACCAGAUGAGCUAUGUCAGCCCCUUGGGCCUCUUGUUUAGAAUAAUUCAUCAAAAUAAUUUUGUCUGUAUAAUAUUUGCUAGCACCAUCGAAAAUCAAUUAUAUGUCAAUUACAAAGCUAUGAUAUAAUCCUUUAAGUAGAUAAUGUAUAUCGGAUCUGCAUCAGAAUUAAAACCACAUAGAUACCAAAUGAUUUUGUAUGAAGUAAGAACUCAUAUCAGUAUUCAGAUGGAUCAUCAUCCAACAGUUAAAUUUUACCAACUACUAAAUAUUAUGUUGAACAGAUUUAAGUGAUUUUUGUCCCCAUCGUAACAGUCGUUUCCAUCAUAUCAUUGUUAAAGCCCUUUUGUGAGCAAUGUUUUGGUUUCAGUGAUAUUGAUGAUCGGUGAAGUCCUUCCUGGUAUCCUCAUUAAAUUUUCUUAUCAGGAUUUAAAGAGAAAAUAAAACAAUAUUUGGCAAUUUAGGUAUUAUAUUAUUAUCAUUUGGUUUGCAUACAAUAUUUUGGAAUGACAAGUCAUGAAUAAAGUAAUUUGUAAUAAAGUUAA